GGUGCUGCCGGGGGGAGCGCGCGGCCUGACGUCCUUCUGCUCCCCCCAGGAACACCGCUGCCCCCCCGGGGGGUGCGGCUGUGGGCUCAGAACUUCCACGUGUGGCUGCGGUGGGAGCCCGACCCGCACGCACCGAACGGGACCGCGUACCAGGUGGAGUGGAGGAAGAGAACCUCUCGCUGGACCAGGGCAGACACCUGUGGGGGGAACAGCACCAGCUCAUCCUGGGCGUGUGAGCUGCAUUGCGAUGACAUCCAUGGUAUCUACUGGGCGAGGGUGAAAGCAGUGCAGGAUGGCGAGCCAUCGCCGUGGGUCAGUUCCAACGAGCUGCUGCCAUACAGAGACACAACUGUGGGCCCUCCCACCUUGUCCUGGCAGCUCCAGGGCCAGGACCUUAGCAUCAACCUCAGUGCACCGCUCACCCCAUACCAGAGCAGGCAUGGAUCCUACAAACCGCUCAGCAGAGUGCUGCGGAAGCUGCGGUACCACCUGCGCCUGUACCAUGGGGAUGUGCUCCAGCAGGAGGUGCCCUGCAGGUGGACCACCAGGAAAGCAUCGUGUACCUUCAGGUUCCUGAUGCCCAGCACACAGUACUGCAUCCGCACGGUGGCAGUGGGCAUAGCCCCACAGCAGAGCCUGGAGGCUGAGCAGUGCCUGGUGACACCGGCAGGUCCUGCAGGCUUCUCCUGGGUGCUUCUGGCUGCGCUGGUCGUUGCCCUGACACUGCUGAGUGUGCCUGCUGUCUGCCUGACCUGUGUGUACAUCUUCCCGAAGUCCUCUGAAAUGCACCUCCCAAAAAUGCUGGCUCUGCUGCCCAGCAGCACUGCGGUGCCCACCCUGGAGCUGCAGGAGGAUGCCCCAGCCCCACUGCUGCCAGCCCCCAGUGAGCACCCAGCACCCACAGCCCCACUGCUGCUGGGGGAGUGGUGUUUCCAGGAGAGGAGCGGUUACUGCCCCAAUGGGUUUGGGAUGGAGUGGCACGAGGGUAGGAUUGCACCCAGCUCCCAGCCAAACUCCUGGGCACCAGCACUGGAGGAGGAUGAGGAGGAUGAAAGCGAUGGAGAUGCUGCGGCGGUGUCUCCAGCCAGCAGCGUGAUGGAUGGGGACUAUGGGACAUCAGAGACGUGGCUCUCCCCGCACCUCCAGCUUUAUUCCACAGCUCUGGGAGCGGGCAGCAGCCUUCUUCCUGCCGUGCACACCAUCAGCUUCAGCCCUGGUGAGCUGCAGGAGGACGCAGCUGGGUCCUGGGUACCACUCAGCUCUGUGAGGUUACCGGGGACCGAGCUGGGGCUGGAUGACAGCAGUAUGCAGCAGCGGGGCUGUCCCUGCACGCUGCCCAUCUGGCACAUGGGCACACCUCACGAGCAGGAGGCAGCAGCACCCCCAGAGCAUCCCUUUGCCUUGCUGGGUGCUCCUGAAGCAGAGUGCGAGGAGUAAGAGCCACCACCCAACCCCCACAUCUUUAUUUAUCCCCCUGUGGCUGUGUAUGUGUGUGUGAAUAGGGCUGAUGCAGAUCUGUACAUAUGCACACACAGACAUCUCUUUGUUGGAGUAUUUUUUUUUUUUAAUUUGUCAGGACUGUACAGUUAUUAUUACUUUUUCAAUAACACUAAUUUAUUGCUGAAAUGUCUUUGCUGUGCCUGGAGCCUCUGUGUCACAGGGCACUGCUGCAACGAGAGGGUUCUCCAUCCAUCCCUUCGUGCUUUGUGGCCCCGCUGUGC